CUUUCUUCUUUCUUUCCAUCUCCCAAAACCAAAAAUCCUUUCAAACCAGACUCCUCGCGACUUUUCCACCAUUUCUUCUUCUCUUCUCUUCUCUUCUUCGAUUCUCGUCAUCAUUCGCGCACCUACAAUACAUACGUGUACCGACUGAUACGACGUAGUUGAGAGGGGUUUUUUUUUCAUUAGAUGUGAUGGCUGUGGGAGUGGAGUCGUCGGCGGAGGAGGGAAGGGUGGUCGGGGCCGCGAUGGACUUCCCCUUCGACGAUGCGGCGUCGUUUUCGAACUCUUCGCCCAGAUUGCCUCGAAGGCUUCGCCGGAGGCUCUUGGAGUGUAAGACUUCUCCCAAGAGUACUGUCGAAGAUAUCCAAGCCAAGCUUCGCGACGCCGAUCUUCGUCGCCAGCAAUACUACGAGAAGUUGUCAAGCAAGGCUAGACCGAAGCCGAGAAGCCCGUCACGGUCUUCGUCUAGCGAGGAAGAUCUUGGUCAGCGCCUUGAAGCGAAGCUACAAGCUGCUGAGCAGAAGAGGCUGAGCAUUUUGGCAAAGGCCCAGAUGCGCCUAGCUAGGUUGGAUGAGUUGCGGCAAGCUGCUAAAAGUGGGGUACAAAUGCGUCAUGAGAAGGAACGUGAGAAGCUUGGCUCAAAAGUUGAAUCACGGGUUCAGCAGGCAGCAGCAAAUAGAAUGCUUAUGCUUAAGGCUUACAGGCAAAGGAGAGCCACACUAAAGGAGAGGUCAUCUCAGACGUUAUUGCGAAGGAUGGCUCGGGAUAGCAAACAUAAGGAGCGUGUUCGUGCUGCAAUUCAACAAAAGCGUGCAGCUGCUGAGAUGAAGCGACUGGGUUUGCUAGAAGCAGAGAAAAAGAGGGCACGUGCUCGGAUGUUGCAAGUGCGGCGGGUGGCUAAGUCUGUCUCUCAUCAACGCGAGGUUGAGAGAAGGAGAAUGAGAGACCAGUUGGAAGAUCGACUUCAGAGGGCGAAGAGACAAAGAGCAGAAUAUUUGAGGCAGAGAGGAAGGCUACAUAGUUCUGUUCAAGCAAAGUGGAAUAAACAGGCUGAUCAUCUUUCCAGAAAAUUGGCAAGGUGCUGGAGGCGGUUCCUUGGGCUGAGGAGAACUACCUUAGCGUUGGCAAAAGCUUAUGAUGGCUUGAAAAUUAAUGAGCUGUCUGUGAAAUCAUUGCCAUUUGAGCAGCUUGCUGUUCUGAUUGAAUCAUCUGCUACCCUUCAGACAACGAAAGCAUUACUUGACAGGAUCGAGAGCCGCUUGAAGGUCUUCAGGGCUGUUUCUGCUGCUAAUCAUGCAUCCAUUUUGGAUAACAUUGACCACCUUCUCAAACGAGUUGCUUCCCCGAAGAGAAGGGCUACUCCCAGGACUUCUAUGAGGAACAGAGAUGUAAAGGAAGUAGGUUUUGUCAGAGAGGCAGCCAGAAGUCCAGAUAAAUUAUCAAGGUAUCCAGUGAGAGUGGUUCUUUGUGCCUACAUGAUAUUGGGUCAUCCAGAUGCAGUUUUCAGUGGCCAAGGAGAGCGUGAAAUUGCUCUGGCCAAGUCUGCGGAGGAAUUUAUUCGAGAGUAUGAGUUUUUGAUAAAGAUUAUACUAGAGGGGCCCAUACAAAGUUUUGACGAAGAGCCUGACUUCAAAUUGCAAAAUCGUUGGACCUUCAGGUCUCAGCUUGCAGCAUUUGAUAAAUCAUGGUGCUCCUACUUAAAUUGCUUUGUGAUGUGGAAGGUUAAGGAUGCUCAAUUAUUGGAGAAGGAUUUGGUGAGGGCAGCUUGCCAGCUCGAGCUCUCUAUGAUUCAAACUUGCAAGCUAACUCCAGGAGGAGAGAGUGUUGCUCUUACCCAUGAUAUGAAGGCUAUUCAGAAACAGGUUACAGAAGACCAAAAACUUUUGAGGGAAAAGGUUAAACACUUGGGUGGAGAUGCUGGGAUUGAGCGUAUGGAAUCUGCUCUAUCUGAAACCCGAUUUAAAUACUUCCAAGCAAAGGAAAGUGGAAGCCCUGUAGAUUCACCGAUUACACAGUUCAUAUCUCCAAGCCCACCUAGCUCCUCGAGUGGCCCUUCUUCUGUUGCUAGUUCGGAGAAAAGUAGUAAUCUGGCUGAGGGCAUUGAGAGGCCAAGCCGUGUAGUUCGCUCGUUAUUUAAAGAAGAUAGUACUUCCCUGGCGAGAGGAUUUGGUUUCUCUGCAAACAGAAGCAGUUUGGACAGUCAGCUGGGUUCGUCAGAUAAAAAAUUGAUCACAGAGAAUGAGCUGAUUGUAAAUGAAUUCAUUCAUGAGCAGCGCCAUUCUUCUUCUGUUAGCUUGAGUGUCACUGAUGGAGAUGAAAAGAUUAAGAUAAGAGCAACAAUGGAGAAGGCUUUCUGGGAUGGCAUCAUGGAAUCUAUGAAACAGGAUGAUCCUGACUAUGACCGGGUUGUUCAACUCAUGACGGAGGUGAGGGAUGAAAUUUGCGAGAUAGCUCCACAGAGCUGGAAACAAGAGAUUACUGAUGCUAUUGAUAUAGACGUUCUCUCUCAGGUGCUAAAGUCAGGUAACCUGGAUAUUGAUUACCUUGGAAGGAUUCUAGAGUUUGCAUUGGUCACUUUGCAGAAGCUUUCCGCUCCAGCUAAUGAUGAUGAAUUAAAGGCUAAUCACCAGAAGUUAUUGAAUGAGUUAUCUGAGAUUUGUCAAGCCAGUGAUGAGUCAAAAUAUUCAUGUGUAAUUGCAAUGAUCAAGGGUCUGCGUUUUGUCCUAGGGCAGAUUCAGGUGCUUAAGCAGGAGAUAAGCAAAGCACGACUAAGAAUUAUGGAGCCUUUGUUGAAGGGUCCUACUGGUUUGGAGUACCUAAGAAAUGCGUUUGCCAACCGUCAUGGAUCUCCAUCUGAUGCUGAUACCUCUCUGCCAUUGACGGUGCAGUGGCUUUCUUGCAUUUUGGAUUGCAAAGAUCAGGAAUGGGAAGAACACACAAAUUUUCUCUUCCCUAUGACGAGCAGUGAAAAUUCAACACAAGGGUUUCUUCCUUCCACCAGCCUUAGAACUGGUGGAAGUUUUCUGCUCAAAACAAAUGGAAGCCCAAUGACUCCUUAUCCUCCUCCUACAAGUACUGGUGAUCAACAACCAGAAUGCAAGGGGGAAAAAGUUGACUUACUGGUGAGACUAGGCUUGUUGAAGUUAGUAAGUGGGGUAGAAGGUCUAAGGCAAGAGGCUCUGCCUGAAACUUUAAUGCUUAACCUCUCUAGGCUGAGGUCCGUUCAGGCUCAAAUUCAGAAGAUCAUUGUAAUUUCAACAAGCAUUUUAGUUUGCCAGCAGACCCUUGUGAGUGAGGCAGUAAUAACAAGCCCUGCAGACAUGGGAAGCAUAUUGUCGAAGUGCGUAGAGCGACUUUCAGAUGUAUUGGAUCGAGACAAAGAUGCAGGUAUCAAAGAAAUUGUCGAAAUAAUCAGCGAGUUCCCAAGAGAUGGUGAUGAAAUGGUAGACACCGAGAAGGUUCAGUUGCGGAGGGCGGUCAUGGCGAGGAUGCUAGCAAAGAGCUUGCAAGCUGGGGAUCCCGUGUUUGAAAAGGUGUCUCGUGCUGUUUAUGUGGCUGCUAGAGGAGUAGUGCUGGGAGGGAGCGGGCCUCAUGGAAAGAAAUUAGCGGAAAUGGCAUUGCGGCGAGUAGGAGCUGCUGUGCUGACAGAGAGGGUGGUGGAAGCUGCCGAAGUUUUAGUCGUGGCUGCCACAGUGUCGGUUAGUGUUCAUGGGGCAUGGUAUACACAUCUGACUGCUAGUAUGUGAGGGCAGUUGAAAGAUGAAAAAGCAUAUUUGUACUAGUGCAGAAGAAAAUAAUAAUACACACUUGUACAUACUAGUGUGUGUAGCUGUACAUGUGUAAGUAUAUGUAUGUAGUAUUAUGCGCAAUUGUUGGAUGUAAAAGAACAAGAUGUAAAUAUAGUAUGCAGACUAAUUGAAUGAAUGCUCUCUUCUAUGUUUUUAUGGUAA